GGCCUCUCCUGAAGUCAGCUCGCCUCUACAAACAAGUUGAUCAGCUGCUGAAGCUCCAGAGAGCCGCGAGCUCGCCUGAGGCCGUCACUGUCUGCACGCACAGGAGGAGGAAGGUUUUGGGAGGAUGAGGCGGAGAGGGGAUCAGAGAGAGGAUGGCACAACACUAAUCACCAUGGAAACCAGCCCAGAGAACAACUAUGGCACUAUGAAUGCAGUUCAGCCUGAGGCUGGGAAUGUUUUCAGUGAUGGAUCGACUCGGGUCGACUUUGUGCUGGUGUGGGAGGAGCCAAGGAGCAUGCAGGAGGAGAGCAUGGGUGUUAGCCCUGCCCACCGCCGGUGGAGGGAGGAGUUUCUGAAAAGACUGAGACACUCUGGACUUCUGCAGGAACAGAAGGAGGUCCUCCAGACAAAGAAGAGGAUCUGUUUUGUCCUCCUCAGCGCUCCAUGGAGCGUGCUCUGUUACUACGCUGAGGAGAUCAGCCUCAGAGUCCCACUGCAGGUGGUCACCGCCCCCAUCGUUAACUGGUCCGAACAGAUCCUGUCCAAGCUGUCUCUUCCCAACCUUAUGUCCCAGGACGUCCCCAACCCCCCGCCCGACUACUACACCUGCCAGUUCAGGACCAACAAGCUGGAGAGGUUUUUGGGCAGCGACAACAAAGACACGUUCUUCAAGACGACCCAGAGACACCAGGUGCUGUACGAGAUCUUAGCCAGGACUCCAUAUGGUUCGGUGAAGAACGGGGAGGUGGGCGUCGACCGUCUGCUGAACGAGCAGGUCUUCACUGCCGCCUACCCGCUGCACGAGGGACAUUAUCAGCUGCCGACCCCCCCGGUCAGUCCCCAGAGUUUAAGCCUGAGGCAGAUCCUGUAUGCUUACUGGGCCCAGUGGUCCUGCUGUAGACACUACCAACCUCUGGACCACAUCAGGGAGUACUUUGGGGAGAAGAUCGCACUUUAUUUUGCCUGGUUAGGCUUCUACACCGGCUGGCUGCUGCCGGCGUCUGUCGUCGGGACGGUGAUCUUCCUGAUCGGGUUUUGGCUCGUGGCCACCGACGUUCCAGCGAACGAGUUGUGUGGUAGCGGAAACAGCUUCAUCAUGUGUCCGCUCUGUAAUAUCUGCUCCUACUGGAACUACUCCAGCAUCUGCGUCACCUACAAGGCAGGUCUGCUGUUUGAUAACGGAGGAACCGUUUUCCUCAGUGUCUUCAUGUCUCUGUGGGCCAUCACCUUCCUCGAGUACUGGAAGAGAACAUGUUCAUCUUUGUCUCACCGCUGGGACUGCUCCGAAUUCCAGGACAUCGAGGAGCGACCUCGUCCAGAGUUCACCGCCAUGGCACCGAUGACCAUGAGGAACCCGGUGACCGGAGUGGAGGAGCCGUAUUUUCCUGAAAAUAAGCGGUUCAACAGAACUCUGACUGGCUGCAUGGUCAUCAUCAUCAUGGUCGCUGUGGUGUUGAUUUUUCUCACGGCCAUCAUUUUGUAUCGCACCAUCCUCAGCAUCAUCAUCUACAAGUCAGAGUACAGCUUCUUCAGCUUCUCUGCUGGGAGAAUAGCCAGUUUCUCAGGGUCAGUGUUGAAUCUGCUGGUCAUCCUUCUGCUGUCCAGGAUUUACACCGCCCUGGCCCACAUCCUCACCCGCUGGGAGAUGCAUCGCACUCAGACGAAAUACGAAGACAUGUUCAUCCUGAAAGUUUUCGUCUUCCAGUUUGUUAACUUCUACUCGUCUCCGGUCUACAUCGCCUUCUUCAAAGGCAGGUUCAUUGGCUACCCUGGAAAUUACAACACUUUGUUUGGAGUCCGCAACGAAGACUGUGGAGCAGGUGGAUGUCUCAUUGAUCUGGCUCAGGAGCUGCUGGUCAUCAUGGUGGGAAAACAGCUGAUCAACAACAUCCAGGAGUUCAUUUCCCCGAAGGUGAAGUCAUGGUGGCAGAAGAGGAAGCUGAAUCCUCAGCUGAAGGAGGCGGGACAGGAGGCCCAGAGGCAGGAGGAGGCUUCUCCCUGGGAGGCAGACUACCAGCUGCUGGUCUGUGAGGGACUCUUCAGCGAAUACCUGGAGAUGGUGAUUCAGUUUGGGUUCAUCACCAUCUUCGUGGCGGCAUGCCCCCUCGCUCCUCUCUUCGCCCUCAUUAAUAACUGGGUGGAGGUCCGUCUGGAUGCUCAGAAGUUUGUGACUGAAUACCGUCGCCCGGUGGUAGAGCGAGCUCAGGACAUCGGCAUCUGGUUUCCCAUCCUGCAGUUCAUCGCACACAUGGCCGUCCUGAGCAACGCGUUCCUCAUAGCGUUUACGUCAUCCUUUGUGCCUCGACUGUACUACCGCUACACCAGAGACAGCACACUCAGUGGCUUCAUCAACUUCACUCUGGCUACAUCACCGCUCAGCUACCAGCAACAGCACAACACAUCCUGCAGGUAUUGGGCUUUCAGGGAUGAAAAUGGUGAAUACCUGCCAGAGUACUUCCACCUCCUCGCUAUACGGCUCGGUUUCGUCAUCAUCUUUGAGCACGUAGUCUUCUUCAUCGGCCGCUUAAUAGAUUUGAUGGUUCCUGAUGUGUCCGAAGAGGUGGAGAUGAAGAUAAAGAGGGAGCACUACAUGGCUAAAGAGGCUCUGGCUGAGAACCAGUCUCUGGGGAAGACCAUGAUUCCUGGGAAUGGGGAAGCCCCGCCCAGUGAACUGCGACAGCGUAGAUCCAGAAUCUCUCCACAGGAGAGCGACCCACCGUCACCGAACCUGGAGGAGAUCGCAGAGGAGACUGAAGCAAUAUUCAGCUCCUAAGACGAAGCUCAGGUGGACUUGGGCUCCAACACUCAACGCUCGUUUUUAACCACUGGCUGCUUAUCACUGUGCCUGUCAUCAAAUAACUCUUUAACUGUAACUUACUAUUUUCAAAACUUGCCAUGUUUGUUGUAAUUGAAGUUUCUGAGUUAAAUGCUAAAUGUUGCUCAGCAGCACCUGAUGGGAGGCAGUUAGCGACAGCGCUGUAACAUGAGCUGGGCUUUUUCAUGUAAUGAACAUUUGGAUAUCUGUUACACAUAAACUUAUACAUAUCCAAUAGGGGUGCAGCGAUACUCGUAUCGAUAUUGAACCGUUCGAUACAGUGCUUUCGGUUCCGUACGCAUAUGUAUCGAACAAUACAACAUUUUUAAUUAUUUUAUCAACUUUC